UAGACCGUGGACUUAUUAUUGUUUUCUUGAAUCAUUUCAGGUCAAGCUGGUCGACGUGGAGAAGGUGGAGUGGCUCAAUAGACGCUCGUAUAGCGCCAUUGGGCUGCUGUUGGGUCGCGAGGGUCGGGUGCUCUUGCGCUGCGACGAUGGCCUCGAGGAUUGGUUCGAGCUGCUGGAAGAAUGCACGCUGACCUCCAAGGAGCGUCGUCGCGCGCUAAAGAUCGCCCAGGGUCCCAGAUCGCGCGCCUCUCUGGCCGCGCCCGUCUCGCAUGCUUCGCUGCAGUUCCAGCACUUUGGCCUGGGCAGCACCUAUUCCAGCGCCCUGGACGAUUGGCUGAUGACGAAUGGCUCGGCGAGCGGCGGCGGCGGCGGCGGCGGCCUGGCGCGUCAUAAAAUCGGCGCUGGCAGCCUGAAUGGCUAUGCGGGUGCGAAUCCAUUUCUGUUCAGCGAUUCGGUGCCCGAUCUGAGUGCCCUCAACAAUGAGAAUCAUAAUCAUCAUUUGAGCGGCAUCUCAACGAAUCACUCCACACCGCAAAAGAUACCGCAUCACAGCAAUGCAAAUCUCAGUCGCUACUCGAAUGGCUAUGCCUCGGCGCAGAACAGCUUCACCCAGGCUGGUGGCGUCUUGUAUGGCUCGCCUCGACGGAUUUUCAUCAAUAGCAGCUUCGGUUCCAAUCAGGUGGUCGACGAGGAGACCGCCGAGGAGGCUGAGGUGCAGCUGCGUCGCCCCAGACUAUUCCGCGGCAUCAGCGCCCAGCCGGACAAUGGCAAUGAACUGGACAGAGAUUGGCUCUAUCGCAAACCUCGUGCGCCCACCGAUAUGCGUCAUUCAGUUCAACCCAUGCUGCCCACACACAAUGCGAAUGGCGGCAGCACUGCUGGCCUGGCCAACAAUAAACAGGAGCUGGACUGCUCGGCCCAUGAUAGUGGCCUCGACACGCCUCCAUCGACGCACCGCCCCUCCAGCUAUCGCGAGGGCGCGAGUCGCGACAGCACCGAAACCAAUGGCAGCUCAUCACGUGGCACGCUGCUCAACAAUUCGCCCGGCGGCAGUUUUCGUGCCAAGAAGCUGAGCGCCCAGGUGAACAAUCUGAAUCAGUUGAAUGCGUUGCACGGCUCACGCUACUCAGUGCAGGAUCAGCGCAUACUGAAGAUGCGCAACAAUGAGGAGGAGCGCUGUGCGUCCAUUAAGUUGGCCAAUCGUCUUAAUCAUAAUCACGAGCAGAACACCAAUACUAACACCAAUGGCACCUAUGACCCCAAUCAGAAUCGCUACUAUAAGAAUGGCAAUGGCACGCCCCCCAUUUCGCUGACGCCCCAGCAUACGCCACAGCACAAGAUGAUGCAUCAUCAUCACAGCAAUGGCAAUGGCAACGGCAACAGCGGCACGCUCAACGGCAACGCCGGCUCCGCCAUGAACGGAUCGGCCAUAUUCCGGGAGCGUUAUCAGCAUCCAGCUCUAGCGGCCAUCAUCAACGAGGCCCAGGGCCUCAAGUUUCGAGAGCGUGCCCAUUCGGAUAGCCAACAACGUCGACUGAACAACAACAAUAACGGACCGACACCAGUGCCCGCCUCCCCGCUGGCCCAGCGACGCAACAACGUCCCCAUCUUUGGAACACCCACGCGCGUAUAGCGGUUAAAGGUCUAAAUACGGAAUAUAUAAUAUAUGUAUGUAUAUGUAUUUAAUGUGAGAGAUGGUACGACAUAAAUAUGCAUUACCAAUAGCCCAAUAUGUAGACUAAUGUUUAAGUGAAAUCAAAUUAUCAAAUUAGUCAACAUAUGAUACUUGAAUAAAGGAAAUAUCCCGAAAAUAAUAAAUUAAUAAUAAUAAUAAUAUAUUUAAGAAACUAUGUAAAAUAUAUGUAUAUCAUUUGUAGACCUUAAAUGCAGCGACUUUCUAGCGCUUGGCUAAAACAUGCCAGCGAAUUAUUGUAGUGAAAAAUAAAUA